UUUAGCAAAUGCUGGUCACCAUAUUUAUAUUUUAAAUAUUUUCACAAAGGAAAAACCUGAGAAAUAUUCCAAAAAUGUUUCUAUUAUACGUGUUCCUCUUGAUAUUGCUCUACAAGAUGAUGAACAAGUGAAGGAUAUGCAAAAAUUAAUGUGGGACUAUACUUUACAUUCUCCAAUGCUUUCUUUAGUUUAUAAGAUUGUUGGAAAAGUACUUAAUGAUGUCACUACAAAUCGGUCUGAAGAGUUUACUCAAAUAAUAAACUCAAAAUGGGAUUUAGUGCUUGUAUCAGAAUUAUUUAAUUCACAAGGCUAUUCAAUUGCUAAUUUAUUACAUGAACGUGAAAAUGUUCCUUAUGUUAUUUUUUCAUCAUCAAUGAUAAUGGGUAUACAUGCUUGGACAAAGGCUGUAGCAUAUAAUUGGGUAUCUCACCCACACCCAUUUUCGCCUAACCCCGGAAGCGGCACAGACGGUGCUUUUAAUCCUAUUUAUUUUCACCAUAGAUUUGUUCACAGUCUUGAAGGAAUUGGUGAUUUAAUAACAGAACCAGUCACCGAUUAUUUUAUCAAUCCAAUUUUUACUCGUUUUAAUGAUGGAAAAAACUUUAAAUUCUCAAAGUUUAUCACUCAGAGUUCAGCUACAUUUGUUGAUGCAAUUGAAUAUUUAGGUUUUUCUCAACCAGAAGUCUCAGAAAUGUAUAGAAUUGGUGCUCAUUGUGAAGAGUCUUCUAAAUUACCAAAAGAAUAUUUAAAUUUUGUUGAGGAUCCAAAAUCAAAAGGCACUAUUUAUGUUGCUUUCGGAACAGCUAUUGCUUGGGGGAAUGCACCCCCUCACAUUAUUGAAGCUUUCUUUACUGCUUUUUCAAAACUGGAUGAUUAUAGAAUUAUUUUUGCUUUCAAAGGAUCUAAAGAAUUUUUAGAAAAACGUGAAAAAUUACCACAACAUAUUCGAAUUGUUGAAUGGGCGCCUCAAUUAGAUAUAUUGGCACAUUCAAAAACAAAAGUAUUCCUAACACAUGGUGGACUGAAAAGGUUGGAGAAAGAAAGGAUUGAUAAAGUGUAA